ACAUAUAUAUUUACAUUUCAAUUUGAACAUAGAAGAGAAAGAAAGUUCACAUAUCAACAUCUUCGUACAUCCACAAAAAAAUGCAAACACUGAUAAUUUUAAUUGUCUUUAUGCUCCAGUUGAUUCAGUAUACCUUUUUUUUGAUUCUGACAAACUUUUGACUCAGAGAAAAAUUCUUUGACACUUCGAGACUCCAUGUAAUUUCGCAAGUCUUUUAGUGUGAUUGAAUCUUCUGGUGUGAAAUAAAGUCAAGCCUAGUCAAUUGGUUCAGUCAAGUUCGAAAUUCACUAUUUUCUCCUUGGUAAGCUCUUAUGCACAUUCGCACCCAAACUCAUCAGUAAUUAUAGUCGUAAAAAAAUUUGAUUAAGUUCAAACGUAAAUUAAGACUUAUCAAAAGUUCGUUGUGUUCAAUUUAAAAGAAGUGAUACACUCAAUUCAAUCAAAUCAAUAUUCACUCACACUCCAAAAUUCUCUUGUGUACCAGUAUCCUUACUAUCGGCUGACAUUCAUCCGAAUGCUCGAUGGCAACAAAAUGGUAUCACUGUAGCUGGAGGAAAUCGACAAGGCAAUGGAAUCAAUCAACUCUCAGACCCAUGGGGUUUGUAUGUUGAUAAUGAUCAAACAAUCUAUGUUGCUGAUACAUCGAAUCAUCGUAUUGUGGAAUGGAAACAAGGUGCAACAAGUGGCCAAGUGGUUGCCGGUGGAAAUGGACAAGGAAGUGGAGAUCAUCAAUUGUAUAACCCAGAAGAUGUGAUUAUCGACAAAGAGAGAGAUAGUCUCAUCAUAUGCGAUACUUCGAAUGGAAGAGUGGUUCGAUGGCCUCGUCGAAAUGGGACAAGUGGAGAAACAAUCAUCUCCAACAUCUAUUGUUUGGGUUUGACAAUGGACGAGAAUGGAUCUCUCUAUGUCACUGACUUUGGAAAACAUGAAGUGAGACGAUAUCGAAGAGGAGAAUCUCAAGGAACAGUGGUUGCAGGUGGCAAUGGAAGUGGAAAUCGUCUCGAUCAACUCUCUGACCCCUCAUACGUAUUCGUCGAUCGAGAUCAUUCAGUGUACGUAUCUGAAUGGAACAAUCAUCGUGUGAUGAAAUGGAUGGAAGGUGCAAAACAAGGCAUUGU